AUGCUCCUGCUAGCGUUUCGCAGUUUUUUCUUCAUUGCGGUGCUGCUCGGCUACAGCACCGGCAUCUGGCGGUUGAUCAACGAUUACUUUCGCCGCGAGUUCCAAUCCUACCUGCAGGAGGAGGUCAAAACGAACCAGUACCUGCUGCAGGAUCCACCCGGCUCGCGAGCUAAAGGCUCGCGGCCGUCGCCGGUUCCAACCGGUACGCAGCCCCCGCAGUCACCGCCACUGCUGGAAGAAACUAUCGCCCGUGUUGGGCAGGCUUUGGUGGCUGAUGGCUCAAGGAUCAACGAGAACCAAGGAGAGGUGGCCGCCGCCGAGCAGCCACCCGCCAACAGACCUAAUCCCGAUGAACAGCAGCAGCAACAGAUUCUGACAGCCAGUAGCAGCGAGGAGGAGGUGGAGGACGAGGAAACCCGGUGGCUACACUAUUGGAAGCAGCGCAGUGAUAGGGCCGCCGCCGCUGCUGUCAAAGCGGGGAAAUCGAAGGAGUUCGCAGCACAGCAUGAGAAGGAGAAGGAGGAGGAGGAGGUAUGUGCAGUUCGCGAGUCCGACGCCGCGCCCGUCAACUCAAACCUGAUGAUGUGUCCUGGCUGACUGGCAUGCAUGCCCACCAGACCCCAAAAGAGACCCCAAUAAACGAAGCGUUUUUAUGUGAGUGUG